CAAAAUCCAAAAUCAAAAUUCCCCGUUCGUCUCGCCGGCGAACCCGCAAAUCGAACCGCCCAUGGCGUCCUCCCGGAUCCCCAUCGUCGACAUCCUCGACGACGACGACGACGACCUCGCCGCCGCCGCAUUCGCCUCCCCUCCCUCCUCCCGCAAGCGCUCCCACGGCUCCGCCGCAUCCACCUCCUCGGCGGACUUCCUCGACGCCUUCUCCCCGUCCCCUCCCCUCCAGAAGCGGCUGAUGCUCGCGGCGGGGGACCCCAUCGUCCUCGACGAUACCCCGUCCCCGCCGAAGCGGCGGUCCUCCUCCUCGGCUCCCAAGCUGCCGGUCCUCGUGGUGGACGACGACGACGACCCCUCGGCCCCCGAUGACGUUGUUAGGGAGAGACCCUAUCCUGUCCUCGACUGCGCCGGUUUCUCCGAGACGCCGGAGACGGCUGCGCUCAGUUCCUCUAGCCUCGGCACCGUUGUUGCUGAGACCCCGGGCUUCACCUCCCCGCGCUCGGUUGGGCCAACUGCUGCUCUUGGCCUGUCGUCUGCUACUCCGGCACAGAAGUUCUCCAGAGUUGCUUCUCUGAUAUCUCUGGACAGUGAUGAUGAGGAUGAUGACACCAUCUACAAGAACUCCUCGAAAUCAUCUGCUGGGUGUGGCACAACCCUAACAAGAAUGCCAGAAGCGAAGACGAGGCAGAAGGAAGAUGAUGCUCAACAGAUUGAAGGGAAGGAGAGAAAACAACCGGAAAAGAAGAGACUAACAAAGGAGGAGAAAGCCAAACAGAUGGAAGAAAGAAAACAAAAACAACAGGAAGAUAAACUACGGAAGCAGGCUUUGAAAGCUCAAGUAGCUGCAAAGAAGAAGAAGGACAAAGAAAUUCAGAAGUGGGAAUCAGGGAAAUGUGCUUUAGAGUGCAUUACUGCUGAGAUUGACUCAAGUAUUAUUAAAAAUGGCUCAAUUGGAGGUCCUCUUCUUUCAAGUUUGUCAGAGAAUGGUCUUCGUUACAAACCUACAGAUAAUAAAAUUAGUGGAUCAAUCUUGUGGAAGAUGGAUGUUCCUGAUGAUAUUGCUCAAGAGCUUUCCAGUCGUGAUGCUUGCGAUAUGAACCAAGCUUCAGUCUCAAGAGUGGAAUAUAUUUCGAUUGUGCUUGAAGCCGAGGAAUUCUGUGAUCUUAUAAGCAGUGGAUCAUUCUUUAAUCAUGUUCAAAGAGUUCGGAAUGAAUACCCGUCCUUCACUGUUUGCUACAUCACUAAUAAAUUGAUGAGUUACAUUAACAAACGUGAGCAAAGUCAGUACAAGAACAAUUCAAAUACUUGGAAACGUCCACCAGUGGAACAGGUUUUGUGCAAGCUGGCAACACACUACACUAAUGUUCACUCUAGGCAGUGCAUAGAUGAAGCUGAAGUAGCAGAGCAUCUUGUUGGCUUGACAUCUAAUCUUGCUAAAUGCAAAUUCAGGAAACCAUUGACAUGGUUAUCUGUGCAUGCUAAUGGUGCGAUUAUUUCGAAAGGUUUUGUUGAUAAAAAUCUGGCUAAGAAAGACACCUGGUUGAAAGCUUUAAUAGCGAUUCCCGACAUCCAGCCAAGAUAUGCUAUGGCGAUCCGGAAAAAGUACCCCUGUAUGAGAUCCCUCCUGAAUGAAUACAUGGAUCCCAGUAAAACUGUUCGGGAGAAGGAACUUCUGCUUAGUGACUUGAAGUGGGAAAAUAUCCUGGGUGAGGAAGCCAAGAGAUUGGGGGACAAAUGCUCAAGGAGGGUUUACAGAAUGCUCACGGCACAAAAUGGAGACUUUGAUACAGAUGAUGCUGAAGCUGGCGGUAGGGCUUCGAGGUAAUGCUUACUCAUCUGGAUUUGGACCUUGGCCAUCAAUGUUUACAUGACCUCGUGAUGGCAAGCUUGUGUGCAUGUCGUCUUCUGGUCACGCUUAGCUCAAAUGCUCGUACUUACUGAUGCGCUGUCAAGGUGAAAGAGUCGCAUUAGCUCAUGCGAUCUUUACUGUAGAAAGCAUCACAUGCUAUGUUACUCGAUGGCACAUGAUGUAUCUGUAUAUUUUGUUCAUCGUGCUGUCAAAAGCUUUUGGUCGUAUGCUAGGAAACUGGAUGAUAGUCCAUGUGUAUCCUACCAGAUGUGCUUACUGAUUGUAAGUUAUGUGGACAAUUGAUAUGGAGCCCCAACAAACUUGUUCC